CCAAGAGGAAGGAUCAAAAGCCUUGGAUAGCUGAGUGACUGAGGUCUUGAACUGGACUCAGCUGAUUUUCCAGGCACAUGUGCUGGGUGCGCACGAGUUCCGCACCGCUGAACUGCGUGUGGCGCACCAGUUCCCGUCGAAAUCGGCAGAAGUUCCGCCAAGAAAUCCUUUGGUUGUGAGCCUAUCUGCGGUUUGUAGCACCAGUUCUCUUUGGAUGACGGCUCAAGCAAGAUUUACCGGCAUCCGCUGCGGUAGCUUACUUCUUCUUGUAGCCCUGUUUUUGCCGCCGGUCAAUGAAGAAGCCAAGUGCAUCCAGCUGCGGGCCAAUCAAGAAACCAAGUUCAUCCAGUUCCGUCAUGAAGGGUACGAAGAUGAAGGCCAUGAAGGUUGGCAGUUCGCUGGCAGUGACGGGCAAAGCCAAGGCCAAGGCCAAAGCCAAGGCCAGGGCACGGGCGGCCAAGGCGGAGAAAGAUCCCAGAGCGGAGGCCAUUUGGAUGUGCCAGCAGCUCUCGGAUGGAAAGCUCAAUCCUGAAAGUCUUCACCGAGGCUAUGUACUUCUGAGGAAUGAAGCCAAGAAGUGGGUGAAUUCGCCCAAAACUCAGAAGCUAGUGAAUGAUUUGAAGCAGCCGGCGGAUAAUUGGUAUCACUUCAUGUUCGCAUAUGUGUGCGGCUUCAUGAUUGAUGGUGUCCUUCAAUUGAAUGAGGUGUACAAGGUCCUUUUCUCAGAUGAGAAGGACAAACGCUUCUUCUCUUGUGGCGUGGAGCACGGCCAUUUCAUUCGAGAUGGAGCCAAUCAGUUCUUCGAGUUCCUGAAAGCCUACCAAGUGAGUGAUUUUGAGGCUGCUAUCAAGGGUGAAUCUUCUGACAUGAAGUUGCUGGAAGACUUGUUGGUCAAGUUUGCAAACCUGCCACAGGACACCUUAGCGAGAUGAGGCAGAAAAAGAGAGCGCGGCCACGUUCAAUGAAUCAAGGAUUGCCAGCUGUUCGUUUGCUUUCGUGUGUCUCAAAAAGCGUUGAACAGACAAACUGAGAAAUCCCAUCCCAGUCCAGUGGCCUGUUCUUCAGAUAAGAAAGAUUCCUGAUUUAACCGCAGUGAUAGGGAUUCCGUUCAUCAUUCCGUUCAUCAACUACAUGUCUGAAAUGGGCAACACCCCAGAAGCC